AUGGCAUUGCUGGCUGCAAAUGUUCUUGCUUUUAUUGUUCUUUUUAGUGGAAGUUCUUGCACAGCUGGUGAAGCAGACAGCUGUGUGUUUUUGGGAGAAAAGGAGGAACUGAGUCUGUAUGAAGAUGGAGACGUAGUGAUAGGAGGAUUGUUCCCUCUACAUUUUAGUCCUGUGUCGUCUCUUCUGACAUACAAAACAAAACCACCACCUAACUCAUACAAUUAUUUCAGCUCUCGAGCCUUACGCUGGAUGUAUACCAUGACUUUUGCAAUCAAAGAAAUCAACAAACGCAGCGACUUUCUAUCAAACAUCACCUUGGGUUUCCACAUUCGGGACAGCUGUGAUGACAUUCCUGUGUCUUUGAGAGCAACCUUGCAGUUAGUGAAUGGCCAGCCGGAGAGUAAUCUCCCAACUGAGAGUAUUAGAGGAAAUCUGAGCAUUGAAACCACAACUAAUUUGGGCUGUGCAGCUGUGGACAGGAGGGUGUCCUCUGUAAUCAUAGGAGAUGCUGGCUCUGGGGUGUCCAUGGCUUUGUUAAGAAGUCUGGGGUCUUUCCAUAUUCCCCUGGUGAGCUAUUUUGCAUCCUGCAGCUGUCUGAGUAGCCAAAGGGAGUUUCCCACCUUCAUGCGCACAAUGCCCAGUGACGCCUUCCAAAUAAGAGCCUUGGUUCAGCUGGUUAGGUAUUUUGGCUGGACCUGGGUGGGACUCAUUGGUGUGGAGUCAGAUUAUGCCACUUUUGCCAUCCAGCUUUUCCUCCAGGAAUCAGUGCAUUAUGGAGUGUGCGCCGCUUACACUCAUUUUUACCCUGUAGACCUUAACCAGCAGGCUCUUGAUGAGCUCCUCAAUGUUAUCCAGACAAAAACUUCAAAAGUGAUCAUCAAUUUUUCUGGAGAAUCAGAAAUGCAGGGCAUUCUGAGAGAGGUCCAGCGUCGAAACAUGACAGGCCUUCAGUGGAUUGCCAGUGAGGCCUGGGCCACCGCAAAGUCUCUAUGGGAAAAGUCUGGAAAGCUCCUUUUAGGAACGUUGGGAUUUGCCAUCCAGAGAGCUGAUGUGAUUCCGGGUCUACACCAACAUCUUACAAGUCUCGAUCCAUUAUCCAUUCAUAAAACUGCAUUUUUGACAGAAUUUUGGGAGGAAACAUUCAAAUGUCGCCUGAAUGACUCGAUUAACACACAUUACCAUGGGGAAGACACCAACCAUGACAGAAAGACGUGUAAAGGGACAGAGAAGUUGGAUGAUGUGUACUCGCCAUAUUUUGAUGUAACUCAACUAAGAGUGUCCUAUAAUGUCUACAAGGCGGUGUAUCUGGUGGCUCAUGCCUUACAGGAUAUGAGUAAUUGUAAAGAUGGAGAAGGGCCUUUUCAGAAUGGAUCCUGUGCCAACCCAAAGAAUUUUAGACCUUGGGAGCUUCUCCACUAUAUGAAACAUGCCAAUUUUUCUGUGCUUGGAAAGGAAGUCAACUUUGAUCUAAACGGUGACCCCAUUGCGUAUUAUGAUCUCAUGAACUGGCAGCAGAUGCCUGAUGGCUCUCUCAGUUUGGUGAAAGUAGGUUUCUACGACGCCUCUCUGCCCUCUGGACAAAACCUGGUCAUAAAUGACUCGAUGAUCCAGUGGCCUGCUGGACAAAAGGCUCUCCAGUCUGUUUGCAGUGAGAGCUGUCCUCCAGGUUUCCGUGUUGCCAGGAGAAAAGGGGAGCCGAUCUGCUGUUACGACUGCAUCCCCUGUGCUGAAGGAGAAAUCAGUAAUGCCACAGAUUCUCUCGAGUGCUCGCCCUGCUCAGAAGACACAUGGCCCGAUGCAGCUCGAGAAGCUUGCAUCCCAAAGACCGUUGAAUAUUUGUCUUACUAUGAUGUUUUGGGUAUUCUCCUGUGUGCCACGUCUGUUUUUGGAGCUUGUGUGUCCCUUUUUGUGGUUGCCGUGUUUUUUAAAUAUAAAGACACGCCCAUAGUGCGGGCAAACAACAUGGAACUCAGCUUCCUUCUCCUGGUGUUUCUGGCCAUCUGCUUCCUAGUGGGCUUACUUUUUAUCGGCGAGCCGUCAGACUGGCUCUGCCUCAUCAAGUUUCCUGCAUUCGGCAUCAGUUUUGCCCUUUGCAUAUCCUGCCUUCUGGCCAAGACAUCUGUGGUCCUUAUGGCUUUUAGAGCCAGACUACCAGGUAGUAAUGUCAUGAAGUGGUUUGGGCCCAAGCAGCAGAGAGCAAGUGUUCUUCUUGGAACAGCUAUCCAGGUAUUAGUCUGUCUCUCUUGGCUGCUCACCGCUCCCCCUCAUGCCAAUAAUAACACAAACUACCACAGUUCCACAAUCAUCAUCGAGUGUGUCACUGGUUCAGAAAUCGGCUUCUGGUGCGUUCUUGGAUACAUCGGUUUCCUGGCUUGCAUGUGCCUCGCAAUGGCCUUUUUGGCCCGGAAACUGCCUGACAAUUUCAAUGAAGCCAAGUUUAUAACCUUCAGCAUGCUGAUAUUUUUUGCCGUGUGGAUAACUUUUAUUCCUGUUUACAUGAGCACAGUUGGAAAGUACACUGUGGCUGUUCAUGUUUUUGCAAUUUUAGCUUCAUCUCUUGGGCUUCUGCUUUGCAUCUUUGCUCCUAAGUGUUACAUUAUUUUGCUGAGACCAGAUAAAAAUUGCAAGAAGAAAAGUAUGCAAAAAUAAAAUGAAAAUAUGUAAAAUGGCCUUAU